CGUUGGUCAAUAGUGCGCAUGCGCAGUGGUGUUGUUGUUGACAGUGGCGGCAAGAUGGCGGCUCUCGGAGAUGCUUCAGGCCCGGGGCUGAACGGGUUAAUUCAGCAAUUCACUGCCAUUACUGGAGCCACAGAGAGCGUGGGGAGACACAUGCUGGAGGCGUGUAAUAACAACCUGGAGAUGGCCGUCACCAUGUUUCUGGACGGUGGAGGAGUACCGGAGGAGCCGAGUACCAGUUCCAGUUCAGCUGCAGCUUCUGGAAGCAGAUGUCUUUCAGAAGAUGAAGUCCGAGCGCCGAUCCCUCAGAAGCAGGAGAUCCUGGUGGAGCCCGAGCCUCUUUUUGGAGUACCGAAGAGGCGGAGACCGGCUCGGUCCAUCUUCGACGGGUUUCGGGAUUUCCAGACAGAAACCAUCAGACAGGAGCAGGAGCUGAGGAACGGAGGAGCGAUGGAUAAAAAGCUGAGCACUCUGGCUGAUCUGUUCAGACCCCCGAUAGAGCUCAUGCAUAAAGGCAGCUUCGAGACAGCGAAAAACUGCGGUCAGAUGGAGAACAAGUGGCUGAUGAUAAACAUCCAGAACGUUCAGGAUUUCUCGUGUCAGUGUUUAAACAGAGAUGUGUGGAGUAACGAAGCAGUGAAGGCCAUCAUCAGAGAGCACUUCAUCUUCUGGCAGGUUUACCACGACAGUGAGGAGGGGCAGCGCUACAUCCAGUUCUACAAACUCAACAAAUUCCCUUACAUCUCCAUCCUGGACCCACGGACAGGGCAGAAGAUGGUGGAAUGGAAUCAGCUGGAUGUUUCCUCGUUCCUGGAUCAGGUGACGGGGUUUUUAACGGAACAUGGACAGUUAGACGGAUUGUCCAAUCAACCUCCAGCUAAACGCGCUCGCUCUGAGAGUUUGAUUGACGCGAGUGAGGACAGUCAGCUGGAGGCGGCAAUCCGAGCUUCUCUACAGGAAACGCACUACGACUCGAGGCAGGAGAAAGCAGAGUCGGAAAACGACUCAGACGCAGAGGCCUUCUCCGACAGCGAGGGCAUGAUCUCAGUGGACGGAUCAGACACAGAGGGAGGAUGGAAAGACUCUGUAGACGGAAGCACGUCUUCAGAACAGGCCCAACCCACUUCGUCCAAUAGCCCCGCCCAGAACAGGAAGUCUCCGCACAAAGAGUCCAACCACAGAAAAGAAGAAAGCAAGAAAAACCACAUGGAGCCGCCUCCUCCGAGACCGAGUCACAAACCUGCAGAGUCGCAACAACAACCGCGUCAUAACGACCAAAGUCACAAAAUCACAGCAUCUCAAAGCACACAGCCUGAAGACAACGGGCCGAAGGCUCGUCUAAUGCUAAGAUACCCAGACGGUCGGCGGGAACAGAUAGCACUGUCUGCUAAUGCUAAGCUCAUGGCUCUGGUGAGACACGUUCAGUCGAACGGAUAUCCAAACGAACGCUUUGAACUCGUCACCAACUUCCCGCGACGGAAACUGGCUCAUUUGGACUAUGACAUCACGCUGCAGGAGGCGGGGCUUUGCCCUCAGGAGACUGUGUUUGUGCAGGAGAGGAACUAAACUCCGCCCCCUCUCUGUUUUUGUUUUGUUUUUUCAUACUCGUCCCACAUACGUCGUUCUCCACGGAGCCGAAGAGGACCACGCCUUCCCCUCGGACCACAACCUCCAUAUUUAUUUGUGAACAUCUCGGCGCAUCUCUGCUUCUUCCGGGUCGGCUUUCGUUUUUUCCAGAACAACAAUCAUGGAAUCAUUUGAGACGAGGAUUUGGUUCGGGUUCAAGUGAUCGGCUUCGAAACAGAUUACCAGCCUGAAAGAGAACAGAGAGUUUGUUUCUGAGGGUUUAAAUAAAAGACUGUUUAUGGCA